UGAAAAUGUUGAAACACGGAACCAGUAAAUUAAAAAUAAAGUGAUAUUUGCAUAUACAAGAAAACAAAAAAGAAAGUGCAUUGUUCACGAAUUCCAUGUUCAUUUAAAAAUAAGUGCAAAUAUAUAUAUAUAUAUAUAUAUAUAUAUAUAUAAAUAUAUAUUCCUCAGAGUAUCUCAAGUUCAUAUUUUUCGAACGUAGAAGGAUGUCAAGCAAAUUACAUUGGUCUCGAGGUAGGAGUCGAGUGAUUUUGUUAUUCUUACUCUUUUUUAAAUUCAUCGGUCUUGCGACGUUUUCUUUAAAAACUCCAACAGUUCCGAAGAAAAAGUGCUCGGGAAACGUACUCGUAUUUUUUACCGGGUCUAAACUUGGAGUAUUUUACAAUUUGAUUUGGAGUUUUCUAAUAAUCGCGUCGAAUUUCAUCACAAUACCAAUCUUAAACGACAUAGAUUAUGCUUUCAAAACAAUUAUAACACAAAUAUUCGAAAUUUCUCAAGUGUUGAUGGGUUCUUUCGUAAUUUCCUGGAUCUUAGUAUUUUAUUGUAUAAACGAGGCAGCUUUCGUAAAGGUCGGAAAUUAUAUAAUUUGUCUUGAGGGUGCAUUAUGUCGAUUGCAAAAACCACUCAAUUGGAAACACAUUUUUUACGUUCUAUUCUUUAUCUAUUUACUACUCUUGGGUUUGUUUGUUGCUCUUCUGAUUACUGAAAUUAUAUGUUUUAGCAAUUUUAUUUCAAUCAUCGCUGAUAUCUUACCCAUAACUUUUAUGGGAUUCUUUUUUAUUCAAUAUUUCUCCUUGGUUACUUUAACGAAUGCAAUUUCUGUAAAUGUAAAUUGCGCUAUACAAGACCUUGGUCGAGCUAAGUUCAAUAAUACCGCGUUUGAUCAGGCUCGACACAUGUUUAUUAGUUCUUCGAAGAUUCAUCUUGUUGUUCAAAUUCGAGACAUUCACGAUCAGCUUUAUGACAUUUCCAAUGAAAUUUCACGAAUAUAUUCUUUGCCCACCCUCGUUGCACUUCCUUUUACGUUCUACGUAUUGUUGUACAACGUUUAUUACCUUUUCGAACUGAUCGCGGUUCAGAAUGUAGCAGCGAAUUUUUUGAUUUUGAUAAAUUCUCUGCUUUGGAUAAUUUGUAUAUUGUAUCCUCUUGGUUUAUUAACUUUCAAGAUUACCAAAGCUACAAACGAGAUCCAGAAAACUGGGAAUCUCGUACAUACAUUAUUAAAGUAUACGAUAGAUCGACAAAUAAAAGAAGAGCUUGAACAAUUUUCACUUCAGUUGUUACAUCGGAAAAUAAAGUUUACAGCGAACGGAUACUUCACUUUAGACAAUAUGUUUUUUAAAUCGAUUCUUAGUACGGUGAUUACGUAUAUGGUAAUUUUACUUCAAUUUCAAGUGGGAAAAUCAAAUACUUGUCCUUGCAAUUGCACACAAUCACUGUGAGAACAAAAUCGUUUCGAGGAUUGAAUACUAUAUUUCGUCUUCGAAAACUUAGGAAAAUAUUUAGGAAAUUUCUGUAAAAGUUCUCUUCCUAUAUCUAUAGUUGAUUGAAGUGUAAAAGCAUUGCGUGAACAUGCAAACGAAGAUAAGUCGUGAAAUAUGAAUUUUAUGGAUAAUCAAUAAUGUAUUUGUUUUGUUUUUCUUCUUUAAUCAGAACUUAUCAGCAAUUCCGUCAAAGAGGACUAAAAUACAUCGAUUGCAUGCAUGGCAGCGAAUUAUAUGAUUGCAGCUGAUUAUAUACAUUGUUGCUCGCAAUGAGUCUCCUCGCGUAUAUAUAUACACACUUGCGUCAAAAAUGUGUAUUACACGAACUAUAAUCAAUAUUUAAGAAAGUUUACGCGCGCUUUUAUUCAUGAUGAAAAUUGAACAAUGUUCAAUACGAUAUCGAGGAUAAAGGACUCCGCACUUACAUUCUGAACUUAUUGCUCUUCGUAACAAAAUGUACUUCAACGCUACUUUAGUAUCUACAGUAAAUUCCUACACUUUCAACUUCGGUAUCAAUAUCUUGAUUUUUAUCAUCAACGGUAUUCCGUUGUAUGCCAGAUAGGAAACUAGAUCUUCUAAAUAAUACGCGAUGCAACGCAUAUUCCAUCUUGGAAUAUCUUUGUAAAAAGUUGCAGCAAAUGUGUUCAUGGCUCAAAAAAAAAAUAUAUAUAUAUAUAUAUAUAUAUCAAUACAUAUAUAUCAAUUGAGAAAUAUAGCGGAAUACCGUGUCACGUGCAUUCACUGUUUUGUUCAUUUUCCAUACGAUCUUUUAAGAUAAGAUUUUAUUUCGCGUAAGACUUACAAAAUGGUUGAAAUUCUCGUGAUCGUGGGAACAAUCACUGUUCUCUUACUGGGGAAGUAUUUCACACAUUGUUCAUUUCCUUUAAUUAAUCACAACCAUUUAAUACUUAUAAUGACGAUUGUAGUCCAUUACCUUAUGACUAGACCGCGGAUUUUUUUGCAUUUACGGAGAACUUGAAGAUGCAAAACUACACACAAUGCACACAAUAUGCAAAAAUUAUAUAAUUAUAUAAAAUAUCCAAAGAAGAAACAAUUUCAUAUUUAAAUUCCAAUUCUUUAAUUAUGUUCAAGAAAAUUUGGAAAUGUACAAGAAUCCGCAGUCUAUUUAUGUUUCCGUAUCGGAACAACUCGCACUUUAGAUUGAUAAUUUCUCCCCCAUUGCGAGCGUGUACAGAUCUGCGAAUGAUUUUCUUUCUUAAUUAUAUACAAACACACGUAACAUCAAUACGAACGACUGCUUCGUUUCCUUACUUUGCUAUAUGUAUACGUAUAACGAUGGAGAUGUUUCAAUAUAUGUUGUACAGGAAAA